GAUGACCCACCCAACCGGCGUCGGCCUAUAAAAGGCCGGGCGUUGACGUCAGCGUUCUCUUCCGCCGUCGUCGCCGCCAUCCCCGGCGCGGCUCACCUGGUUCACAGCUGCCUGGGAGAAUCCACCGCCAUCCGCCACCAUGGUGAACUUCACGGUGGACCAGAUCCGUGCCAUCAUGGACAAGAAGGCCAACAUCCGCAACAUGUCGGUCAUCGCGCACGUGGACCACGGCAAGUCCACGCUGACCGACUCGCUGGUGUGCAAGGCCGGCAUCAUCGCCUCGGCCCGUGCCGGUGAGACGCGUUUCACUGACACCCGCAAGGACGAGCAGGAGCGCUGCAUCACCAUCAAGUCCACCGCUAUCUCCCUGUUCUACGAGCUGUCAGAGAACGAUCUGAACUUCAUCAAGCAGAGCAAGGACGGCUCGGGCUUCCUCAUCAACCUCAUCGACUCGCCGGGCCACGUCGACUUCUCCUCCGAGGUCACGGCUGCCCUGCGUGUCACCGACGGCGCCCUGGUGGUGGUGGACUGCGUGUCGGGCGUGUGCGUGCAGACGGAGACGGUGCUGCGCCAGGCCAUCGCCGAGCGCAUCAAGCCGGUGCUCAUGAUGAACAAGAUGGACCGUGCGCUGCUGGAGCUGCAGCUGGAGCCCGAGGAGCUGUACCAGACCUUCCAGCGCAUCGUGGAGAACGUGAACGUCAUCAUCUCCACCUAUGGCGAGGGCGAGAGCGGCCCCAUGGGGAACAUCAUGAUCGACCCCGUCCUGGGCACCGUGGGCUUCGGCUCAGGCCUGCAUGGCUGGGCCUUCACGCUCAAGCAGUUCGCUGAGAUGUACGUGGCCAAGUUUGCAGCCAAGGGUGAGGGUCAGCUGAGCCCCGCCGAGCGCGCCAAGAAGGUGGAAGACAUGAUGAGAAAGCUGUGGGGUGACCGGUACUUCGACCCAUCCAACGGCAAGUUCAGCAAGUCAGCCACCAGCCCGGACGGGAAGAAGCUGCCCCGGACCUUCUGCCAGCUCAUCCUAGACCCCAUCUUCAAGGUGUUUGACGCCAUCAUGAACUUCAAGAAGGAGGAGACAGCCAAGCUGAUCGAGAAGCUGGACAUCAAGCUGGAUAGCGAGGACAAGGACAAGGAGGGCAAGCCGCUGCUCAAGGCCGUGAUGCGCCGCUGGCUGCCAGCUGGGGAUGCGCUGCUCCAGAUGAUCACCAUCCACCUGCCUUCGCCCGUCACUGCGCAGAAGUACCGCUGCGAGCUGCUCUAUGAAGGGCCGCCGGAUGAUGAGGCCGCUAUGGGCAUCAAGAGCUGCGACCCCAAGGGCCCCCUGAUGAUGUACAUCUCCAAGAUGGUGCCCACCUCUGACAAGGGCCGCUUCUACGCCUUUGGCCGAGUCUUCUCAGGGCUGGUGUCCACUGGCCUGAAGGUCCGCAUCAUGGGCCCCAACUAUACCCCUGGCAAGAAGGAGGACUUGUACCUGAAGCCCAUCCAGAGGACCAUUCUGAUGAUGGGUCGCUACGUGGAGCCCAUCGAGGACGUGCCGUGCGGCAACAUCGUGGGCCUGGUGGGCGUCGACCAGUUCUUGGUCAAGACGGGUACCAUCACCACCUUCGAGCACGCGCACAACAUGCGCGUCAUGAAGUUCAGCGUCAGCCCCGUGGUGCGCGUGGCCGUGGAGGCCAAGAACCCGGCCGACCUGCCCAAGCUGGUGGAGGGCCUCAAGCGCCUGGCCAAGUCCGAUCCCAUGGUGCAGUGCAUCAUCGAGGAGUCGGGUGAGCACAUCAUCGCGGGCGCGGGUGAGCUACACCUGGAGAUCUGCCUCAAGGACCUGGAGGAGGACCACGCCUGCAUCCCCAUCAAGAAAUCCGACCCGGUGGUCUCAUACCGCGAGACCGUCAGCGAGGAGUCAAACGUGCUCUGCCUGUCCAAGUCCCCCAAUAAGCACAACCGGCUGUACAUGAAGGCGCGGCCUUUCCCCGACGGGCUGGCCGAGGACAUUGACAAGGGCGAGGUGUCCGCACGCCAGGAGCUGAAGCAGCGCGCCCGCUACCUAGCCGAGAAGUACGAGUGGGACGUGGCCGAGGCACGGAAGAUCUGGUGCUUCGGGCCCGACGGCACUGGCCCCAACAUCCUCACCGACAUCACCAAGGGCGUGCAGUACCUGAACGAGAUCAAGGACAGCGUGGUGGCUGGCUUCCAGUGGGCCACUAAGGAGGGGGCGCUGUGUGAGGAGAACAUGCGGGGUGUCCGCUUCGACGUGCACGACGUGACCCUGCACGCUGAUGCCAUCCACCGUGGCGGCGGCCAGAUCAUCCCCACAGCGCGGCGCUGCCUAUACGCUAGCGUGCUGACUGCGCAGCCGCGCCUCAUGGAGCCCAUCUACUUGGUGGAGAUCCAGUGCCCCGAGCAGGUGGUAGGUGGCAUCUACGGUGUGCUCAACCGGAAGCGUGGCCACGUCUUCGAGGAAGCCCAGGUGGCCGGCACCCCCAUGUUCGUGGUGAAGGCCUACCUGCCCGUCAACGAGUCCUUUGGCUUCACUGCUGACCUGCGCUCCAACACCGGUGGCCAGGCCUUCCCACAGUGUGUCUUUGACCACUGGCAGAUCCUACCCGGCGACCCCUUCGACAACAGCAGCCGGCCCAGCCAGGUGGUGGCCGAGACCCGCAAACGCAAGGGCCUCAAGGAGGGCAUCCCUGCACUCGACAACUUCCUGGACAAGUUGUAGGCACUCUGCGCCCGCCCGCGGCCCCUCGCCAUCACUCAAAGCCGAAUCUUCCAUAUUUAUUUCCGGCCCCCAGGCCGCAGGCCCUCCGAGCAGGGACUCAACUGGCCAGUCGGGUGUGGGAGGCGGGUGGCCCACCCAACAACACGUUCCGUGGUUGGUUUUUUUUUUUUUCUCCAUUUGAGAGAAAAACUAAAAUGUCCAAAAGAGACACGAGUUGAGACGCAUUUGAGAGGUUUAUUGGGGGCAGCGCCGAGGUGAGGGCGAUCUUCCAGGGACCGUGGGAAGGUGGGGUUGGGUUGGUGUACCUGUCGCCCCUCCAGUGUCCUCUAGUGCCAUGGAAAAUAAACCUGUGGAGGUGACCAA